AGAGCGAGAGAGAGAGAGAGACACAACAGCGGAAUCAUAGCAACUUGAGGGGCAAGAGGAACGCGAUGAGGAAGCUUUCGCACCACCGAGGAGCACCAUGACUUCCACUGCGUUCCGCUAGCUGACCUCCAGACGAUAUCCAGCGAACAUCGACUCUGCUCCCCGUCUUCCUCGUGGCCGUUUCCUUCGACUCCGGGUUGCCGCGCCGACGCAGCCCCGCAGCAUGGAGAGCGUCCGCCGCGUCACUGAAGGCUGAGCGGAAGCAACGAGGAUCUUCAGGAGAUGUUCCAGCGGGGCCUCGUGGCUGCAGCAGCUGGGCUUCAGAGCGCUUUUUUAUGACCAGUAUUGCAUGUGUGUCGGCGGGCACAACCUGCCUACUGCUCAGGCACGGACGUUCCGCUCUGAGACUGGAGCUGGAGAACACCCAACACCGGAGGCCCUCGAGUGAACAAGAACCGCAAAGAAGGGAAGCCAGAAGAGCUGUCGGAUCCACUUGAACUCCUUUCAGUGCCUUCUGAACCGCUGCACAGCAACAGCGUCCUCCGUCCUGUGAGGUCGAGUGUCUCCCCCUAAAGAGUCCUCUGUCCUUGUCGUUGGAGUUUCUAUGGUUUGCGUGGCUGGAGAAUAACCGUGGAGAGGCCGGGAUAUCACAAGCUUAUGGAUUUUGAGAAGAGAGGGGGCAAAGGAGAGACAGAGGAAGGGAAAAAGAUGUCUAAGACGACGGGCAGCAGGACUGGACAUGGGGGCCGGAGUUCGGGGACCAACUCUGGAGUUCUUAUGGUCGGCCCAAACUUCCGCGUGGGUAAAAAAAUUGGCUGUGGGAACUUUGGAGAGCUGCGGUUGGGAAAAAAUCUCUAUACGAACGAAUAUGUGGCCAUCAAAUUGGAACCGAUAAAGUCCAGGGCACCGCAGCUGCAUCUGGAGUAUAGAUUCUACAAACAGUUGGGGAACUCGGAGGGAAUCCCACAGGUGUACUACUUCGGUCCGUGCGGUAAAUACAACGCCAUGGUGCUGGAGCUGCUGGGGCCCAGCCUGGAGGACCUGUUUGACCUCUGCGACCGCACCUUCUCCCUCAAGACCGUCCUCAUGAUCGCCAUACAGCUGAUAACGCGGAUGGAGUACGUCCACACCAAGAGUCUGAUAUACAGAGACGUGAAGCCGGAGAACUUCCUGGUUGGGCGGCCGGGAAGCAAGCGGCAGCACACGAUCCACAUCAUCGACUUUGGGCUGGCCAAAGAGUACAUCGACCCCGAGACCAAAAAACACAUCCCCUACCGGGAGCACAAGAGUCUGACCGGGACGGCGCGCUACAUGAGCAUCAACACGCACCUGGGAAAGGAGCAAAGCAGAAGGGAUGAUUUGGAGGCACUGGGUCACAUGUUCAUGUACUUCCUCCGAGGUAGCCUCCCCUGGCAGGGCCUAAAGGCGGAUACUUUGAAGGAGCGGUAUCAGAAGAUUGGAGACACCAAACGAGCGACGCCCAUCGAAGUGCUCUGCGAGAGCUUCCCCGAAGAGAUGGCCACCUAUCUGCGCUAUGUGAGGAGGCUGGACUUCUUCGAGAAGCCCGAUUACGACUACUUGAGGAAGCUCUUCACGGAUCUGUUCGACAGGAACGGUUACGUCUUCGACUACGAGUACGACUGGGUCGGCAAAUCACUGCCGACGCCGAUCGGCCCGAUCCCCAGUGACACGCCGCUGCCGCCCAGCAGCAGAGACAAAGCACAACAGCAGACCAAAAACCAGUCGCCUGAGCCCAAAGGAAGUGAGUCCCAGCCCACCCCCGUCACCACUAAGGAGGCUCUGGGCUCGCACCUCACGGCGGAGCGGCUGGGGGGCUCCGUCCAGGUGAUGAGCUCCACGAACGGCGAGCUGAACACUGACGACCCGACCGCCGGACACUCGAACGCCCCCAUCACCGCGCCCACCGAGGUGGAGGUGUCCGACGAAACCAAGUGCUGCUGUUUCUUUAAGAGGAGGAAGAGGAAAACCCUCCAGAGGCACAAGUGAAGCGUGGAGAACAUGAAACAUUGUGGUCACUGUCGAGUUUUAGAUGGAAGCAACUACACAGACCCACUGCCCCCCCCCCCCCCACACCUUAUCUCCCCCCCCCCUCCCCUCUGCCCCUCCCCCCCUCCUUUCUCUGUGCUAACUGGGAGUUAAAGGAACUCCACAGAGACGGACUCUUGAUUCCUUUAAUCGACAAACAAAAAUAAACGUAUCUGCAUUACAGAGAUGACGGGUGUGGGGGGGGGAAGGGGGCGGGGCGGGGCGGGGCUUGAGGAAAAAAAGUAAAAGCUGUAACAAUGAAACUCGAAUACCGUGGCGUGAAUAUGAAACGGGCGAGAUCCGGUCUGAACGUGUUCUAGAUUCCAGUGUCGGUCCAACGGGGAACUCUGAUCCGUGAUUCAUUUUCCUUCUUUUCCUUUUCGGUGUUUUUGGGAUCAAAGGUCAUGAGGACAAGUUUGAGUGACGCGGGAAGCGUUUCAUCCAUAAAACAGAAUUUGGAGGAUUUUAAAUGUUUUUUUUCUUUCUUUCAUUAUCUUUUCUUUCCAUGUUUGUAAUUUGAAUCCUCAGUUUUUUCUAAAAAUCAAAAAACCUG